AUGGAGCAACACAAUCACUCAGGCCUGAAUGAAUUUGUACUCCUUGGCUUCCCCAAUGUGGGACAUGUCAGGGGCUGGCUUUUUGUGCUGCUGCUGUUGGCAUAUCUGUUCACCAUUUGUGGUAAUGCACUCAUCUUCUUAGUCAUACGACUGGAUAGAGCCCUACACAAGCCCAUGUAUCACUUUGUGAGUGUUCUCUCCUUUUUGGAAUUGUGGUACACAGCCACCACCAUCCCCAAGAUGCUAGCUAAUCUUCUCAGUGAGAAGAAGACCAUCUCUUUUGCAGGAUGCCUCCUUCAGACCUACUUCUUCCAUUCCUUAGGAGCCUCUGAAUGUUACCUUCUUACAGCCAUGGCCUAUGACCGUUACCUGGCCAUUUGCAGGCCCCUCCACUAUCCUGCCAUUAUGACCACAGCACUCUGUGCCAAGAUGGCUGCUGGUUGUUGGACUUGUGGCUUCCUAUGUCCCAUUUCCGAAGUCAUCCUGGUCUCUCAGCUCCCCUUCUGCAACUACAAUGAAAUCCAACACAUCUUCUGUGACUUUCCACCCCUUUUGAGCCUGGCUUGCAAGGAUACAUCCACUAAUGUUCUGGUGGACUUUGCUGUCAAUGCAUUCAUUAUCCUUAUCACCUUUCUCUUUAUCAUGGUUUCUUAUGGGAGAAUUAUUGGAGCUGUGCUGAAGAUAAAAACAGCAGCAGGAAGGAGGAAGGCCUUCUCUACGUGUGCCUCACAUCUCAUUGUGGUCCUCAUCUUCUUUGGGAGCAUCAUCUUCAUGUAUGUGCGGCUAAGGAAGAGCUAUUCACUGACUCUUGACCGAACACUUGCUGUAGUCUACUCUGUAUUGACACCACUAGCCAAUCCAAUUAUCUACAGUCUUCGUAACAAGGAACUCAUUAAGGCCAUCAAGAGGACUAUCUUCAGGAAAGAGGGGAAAGCUAGUCCUACUCAACACUGA